UGAAAUGUGUCUUUAUCGCGCAGUUCCUGUUUAAGAGUUGAAAUCCUGGCUUCACUGCGUUAGGAUCUAAAUCAGCAGAAAAAAUUUCUUUAGAAAUGGAGACUCGCUUCACCAAAGGCAAGUCCGCCAUCCUGGAGCGGCCACUUGCCCGAGCCAAGACUGAGGUGAGCGUGAGUGUGUUCGCGCUGCUCUUCUCGGAGAUGGUGCAGUACUGCCAGAGCCGCGUGUACUCGGUGGCUGAGCUUCAGGCCCGACUGGCCGACAUGGGACAAGGUGUGGGGGCCAGCCUGCUGGACGUUCUUGUGAUGAGGGAGAAAAAUGGCAAGAGGGAGACCAAAGUCCUAAACAUUCUGCUGUUUAUUAAGGUAAAUGUAUGGAAGGCCCUAUUUGGGAAGGAAGCGGAUAAACUGGAGCAGGCCAACGACGAUGACAAAACCUACUACAUCAUUGAGAAAGAGCCCCUAAUUAACGCGUACAUAUCUGUGCCGAAAGAGAACAGUACGCUGAACUGCGCGGCCUUCACAGGAGGCAUCGUGGAGGCCAUUUUGACCCACAGUGGAUUCCCAGCCAAAGUUACAGUGCACUGGCAUAAAGGAACCACACUUAUGAUUAAGUUUGAUGAAGCAGUCAUUGCUCGUGAUAAGACUCUGGAUGGUAGAUAAUGCAGCACAGUUUUUUUAGCUCUGUCAGGAAAAUUGCUUCAUACUAAAAUUCCAGCAAGGCCAGGGUUCAACCAGGGAUCAGAGAGAAAGUUUAGGUGUGUGACUGAGGAAGUGAUCUGAUAGUGGAGAUUUAAUAACAAUUCACAUGUCACUUGAAAACACCAUUUACAGUUUUGAAUUUUAGUUAGCAAGAAAUCUAAAUUAAUUUAAAGUUGGACUCAAAAUGUUUAAGGGUGGGUGCUAGGGUGCAAAUUAUGGGGUGUUUAAGAGGAUGACGGUUUUAACUCCCUAAUUAAAAACGUUUAGGGAUUUAGGGGUUCAUAUAAAUCGAAGAUAUUAAAUAUUUUAAUUGUAAACACUUUAAAUGUCAAAAUAGCACAUACAGUACAGGUUAGUUUUGAACACCCCUACAAUGUACCAUUUUAAUGUACCGUACCAUUUCUUACCCGAUAACUUCCUCGUUACAUACGCAUUUACUACGAUGAGAAAAAUGUAAAGUCACUGUAUCAUUUACACUGAGUAUUUUCAUGAUCUAAUGAUUUAUUUAUACUGUAAUUGUACUGUAAGUGUUUGAACAGGGAGUAAAUACACAGUAGUACAUUCUAAAGAGUCUUAAACCUUUACAAGUUCAAGUAAGGGUAAUGUAGUUUCUCCACCUUAAAGGUGCACAGUAUACUUGUAUUUGUCUUGUUUUUUUUUGGUAACUUACAUCUGGUCGUUUAAUGCCAGAAUGAGAAGCAGCGUGCAGCAGUGUUUCCCCCGUGCUUGGUUUACUACUAACUUUCACUUCUUCUUAUCAUAUCACGUUCCAUACUUACAGCUGUACAAUUCUUUUAUUUAAGGAAGAAAUACUGUAAUUUUUUUUCUUUAAUUUAUGUUACUUAAUGAGGCAUGGAUAUUAUUGAGAAAGAUUUCUGUUUUUUUCUGUAAUAAUUAAUAAGGUAAAUUAUGUACUGUAAUUAAAGCAAAUAAUACCUUGCACUGUUUAAGUUCAUGCCGUACAGGAUUGUCUUGUGUGUGACUCAUGAUGUUUUUGUUUUUAAUAAUGUGGCUAAAGUGUGAAUCAUGAAAUAGAAUAAAAAGUUCAAGAUUUGUGAACAUCUA